AUGGAGCCGGUGGAGUUUAUUCCCAAGGACGGCUGGCAGGCGGAGGGGGCAGAGUCUGGUACCAAGUUUGAAGACAUUGAUUUGAGCGAUAAGGAGUUUUCGGAUUACGACGAGAAGGCAGGAGAGUCGGUGAGCAUUCUCAACAUUGAGUCUCAAAUAAAGUCCGCCGCAACUGCCGGCGCGAUGGAUCCCCUGCGGGAGGGCUUUGAUUGGCUGCUGCAUGAGCUCGGCGGAGCGGACGCGGACGAGUUUGCCGCGGGCGGAGGGGACGGCGCAGGCGCGGGGAGCGCUGCACCGAUGGACGGAAGCAUCGAGGCUUCGCUGGAGGAGUCCGGGUUCGCGGAGCUGCUGACUUGGCUGCGCGAGAAUGGCGCGGAAGGAGACGCGCUGACCGGAAAAAACCUCAAGCUGAAGGUGUAUAAAUUGGAGAUUCCAGACGACUCUGGCUCGAACACUACGACUGAAGACUCUGGGAUUAAGGAGGUGGGGGAUGGCGACCUCGCCGCCUGCCUGCUGCUGCUACAGCAGCAGGGGGAGGGGGGCGAGCCGGGGAAGGGAGUGGCGGAAGGAGAGGGGGAAGCUGCGGGGGAGGGGGAGGGCGCGGGGGAGAGCUGGGGAGCGCAAGUGGCUCCUGCUGUGCUGCCGGCGCUGCUGGCGUCCCGCACGGCCCACCUGCUGCCCAUGCUCAGAAACGACCUCCCCCACCUGCCCCUCCUCCACCAGGUCCGCCCUCCCCCUCCCCCUCCUUCUUGCUCUCCACCUUGCCUUCCCCUUCCCCCUAAGCUCCCCUCACCUCCCCCACUUCCCAAGAUCUUGCUCCCUGCCUUGGCUCAGAGGCAGCAGUACGAGCACGAGUAUGCCAACUGGACCGCCACAAUUAGCACCACCACUGGCAGCAGCAACAGCAGUGCUGUGUCGCUGCCGUCGCUGCAGCAGUUUCUGGCGACGGUGGCGGCCGUGAGGGCGCUGGCUCUGCCCAUGCGCCUGCCGCCCCUGCCGGAGGGGGAUGCGGAGGGGGAGGAGCAGGGGGGCAGGGGGAAGAAGGGCGGGAAGAAGGGCGGAAGGAGGGGAGGGAAGAGGCAGAAGAAGCAGAAGCAGCGGCGGUUUGAGCUGACGGUGGUGCCUCUCGUGAAUGCUGUAGCGCGGGCCAAUGAGAGGAGCCAAGGGAACGUGCGAUGGGAGCCAGCUCACCCAUGCGGGGUUCCACCUGAGGGCGUCUGCCUUCCCUUCUCCCUUACAAUCCCUUUAUCCCCACCCCACCCUCCCCCCCUCUCUCCCCGCAAUCCGCAGCUGACCCACGCGGGGUUCCACCUGAGGGCGUCGGAAGCCAUUCCCACCGGGGCUGCCCUCGUGCUGCCUCUCAACGGCGGCCUGCCCGACCCGCUGCAAGCAGCAGCAGCGCAUGCAGGGGCGCAGGGGACAGCAGCAGACAGGGAGAGCGAGGAGGAGGAUGGGGAGGGGGGAGUGCACUUGACAUCAUUGGAGGAGGUGGAGGAGGCAGACAGCCACGUGUCGCCGGUCACGCUGCUCUCGAACGACGAUGCCUUCCUCUCCCUCGGGAUCAUCUCCCCCUGCUCCGCCUUUGAUCGCGUCCAGCUCUACCCAUCAUACGAUGCGCUCAGGCAGAGCGUCCUCAGUGCAGCGCACGUGAACCCAGACUUCAAGCCGUCAGCCUUCAUGAAGCUGGCUGAUCGCGUGCGCACAGCGCUGCUCAAGGAGGUGCUGUGGUGGGGGAGGGGAGGAAAUGGCACUCACACCCACACCCCACCCAUGCCCCUAUCUCCCCUCUCUCUCCCCUCCCUCUCCUCCCCUUCUCUUUCCACCCUUUUCCCCUCCGCUUCCCCCCCGCAUCAGCUCUACCCGUCAUACGAUGCGCUCACGCAGAGCGUCCUCAGUGCAGCGCACGUGAACCCCGACUUCAAGCCAUCAGCCUUCAUGAAGCUGGCUGAUCGCGUGCGCGCUGCACUGCUCAAGGAGCUCUACCCGUCAUACGAUGCGCUCACCCAGAGCGUCCUCAGUGCUGCGCACGUGAACCCCGACUUCAAGCCGUCAGCCUUCAUGAAGCUGGCUGACCGCGUGCGCACAGAGCUGCUCAAGGAGGUGCGCGGGGUGAAGCAGCAGGUGCUCUCCACCCUGGUGCAGGAAAAGCUGCUCGCUGCCGCUGUGCGGGCCGAGAGCGGCCGCGGCGUGGGAGGGAGAGGCGGCAAGGGGGAGAGAGGAGGAGGGGUGAAGGGAGGAGGAAAGGGAGGAGGGAAGGGAGUGGUUGGGAAAACGGAGGAGGCGGGGAAGGAGGAGGAGGGGUGUGGAGGGGGCGUGGUGGAUCAGCUGCUGUUCUGGGAGAGGCGACGGGCCAUGCGGCAACGGUACCGGCAGCGGCAGAGGAAGCGAGCCGCUGCCCUGCUGGCUGAACUAGAGGCUGAGAGGGCAGAACGAGGCGAGGUAGAGGGAACGGGCAAGGGCAAGAAGGGCAAGAAGGGGAGGAAGGGGAGGAAGGGGAGAGGAGAUGAGGAGGAAGAGGAGGAGUGGGGGGAGGACGAGGAGGAUGCGGUGGAGGGUCUGUAUGUGUACUCGGGUGGCAGGAUGGACCCUGAGCUGGUGGCGUACUUCAGUGCCGUUGUGCUGCUGGCUGCCACAGGGCAAAUGCCGUUGUGCUGCUUGCAGCUACAGGCCAAAGUAAGUGAGUCGGGCUUUGCGGCACCCCUCAGGCUGCCUCAAAGCCCAAAGGGGGAUGCGGUGGAGGGGCUGUAUGGGUAUUUGGAUGGCAGGAUGGACCCUGAGCUGGUGGCGCACUUGAGUGCCGUUGUGCUGCUGGCUGCCACAGGCCAAAUGCCGGACGUCAUCUCCUUGGCGCGUGUGAGCGUGUCAUACGCAUGGAACCUGGACAGCAUCACAACAUGCACGUAUAUGCCGCUGCUCUCCGACCCCUCCCACCCACUCUACAUGCACGUCCCCCUCGACCCCACCAACCCCUCCGCCUCGCCGCCGUCACCCGGUAACCACCCGGUGGUAACCGCACUCUCGCUCGCCCUGGACGUCACUGCCAGCAGCCUGCAGCGGCCGAUAUCAGAUCUCAUGACUGCAAUGAUUGCUCUCGACGAGGUCGGGCGGCGACUGAUAGAGACGGAGCCCAUCUGCCACAUGGCGCAGCACUCUGAGAUUCUAUCCGAGACUUUGGAUAAGGUGAGUGACGCUCGCUCUGCCCACCUGCCUUCUUUCCGAGGCAGCAGCAGUGAAGCCCGUGGUAGAAAAUCCUGUGACAUAGUUGCAGUGAGCAGCAGUGAAGCCCGUGGUAGCGUUCCCUUUCUCACCUCCCUUCACUGGCACUCCCCACCCCACCCUCCCACUCUCUCCACCUCCUUCCGGAUAGCGUCCCCCUUUCACCACUGCCCUUCCCAGGUCUGCAAACCGUCUUUCUUCACGGAGGCAGCAGCAGUGAAGCCCGUGGUGGUGCUCCCCUUCUCACCUCCCUCACUCCCCUCCACUCCCCCUCGCGCCCCCUGUUCCCUUCAACUUCCCCUCUUUCCUCCAUCCCAGGUGUGCACACCGGCUUUCUUUGCGGAAGCAGCAGCAGUGAAGCCCGUGGUGGCGUUUCGAGCCAGCAAGCGAGACAUCCUCGCCUUCCUCUCCUCCCACCUGAAAUCCUCCUGCUCCGUCCAAUACCCCCACGAAGCCCAGGCCGCUGCCACUGCCGCCACCGCCGCUGCCGCCCUAGGCAGCGGCACGGGAGGGGCAGGAGGAGCAGGGGAGGGAGGGGAGGUGGGGGCGGGGAGGGGAGGGGAGAGGGGGGAGUGGAGUGAGCUGGCGAGAGAGGCGAUGGAGGAUCUGGAUGAUGAGGAGCGGCUGGAGGAGUUUGUGCAGUGGAUUCGUGAGAACGGCAUCCCUGACUUUGCUGCUCCAGGAUCCAUUUUCCAGCUGGUGUAUCGCAACUCCAAGCCAUCUGGUGCAAAGGCUGUUGCUGACACCUGGUUGAAGCCCAGGUGCAUUCAGGUGGAAACCCAGGUGGUUGGAGGCAGAAGGGUAAGGCGGCAACUGACAGUGUAUGCGGGGCAGGCGCGCAAGCAGGCAGGGGAGCACAUGAUGACCAUCCCUCGAGCGCUCUUCCUGGCCACAGACAAGAUGCUGCAGGACGGAUUGCCCUACCAGGGGCCUGUCUGGUCCACCGGCAUGGCCGCUGCAUGGCUGUGUCGUGAGAUGGUGAAGGGCAGGGAGUCGUUCUGGUGGCCGUACCUGCAGUUCCUGCCUCCCUCUGUCGGCCUGCCGUUCUUCUUCAAGCCGGAAACGCUGAUGGAGCUCGACUCGCCUGCUUUUGUACAGAAGAUAUCCACCCAUCUGAACAACUACCGGUCGGAGUACAACCGCAUUGCACCGCACUUACGUGCCAACACCACUUUUUUUGAGUACCUGUGGGCCGUCUCCAUCAUCAACUCGCGCGCCUUCGGGGACCAGACGCGCAGUAACACGGUUACCGUCAUGGUGGAGGGCAAGGAGCAGGAGGUGCCUCUGGCGAGCGGGCCCUUAGCGCUCGUGCCGAUAGCGGAGCUGCUGGACCAUGAAGACAUGUUCCAGGCUCAGUAUGAUCUUGCAGCUUUCUAUCCGUUUCCUUCGUUUGAGAGCACUCCACGCCCUUCUCCCCUUCUCCUCCCAACUCUCCUCCCCUUCUCCUCCACUUCUCCUCCCCCUCUCCUCCCCUUCGCCUCCCCUUCUCCUCCCCCUCUCCUCCCCUUCUCCCCCCCUUCUCCUCUCCUUCUCCACCCAGAUUGGAGCAUCACAAUUCAAGCAUCACAGUUUGAGUUCAUAGCUUUGAUGCCAUUCACCAAGGGCGCCGAGCUGUUCACGUCAUACGGCCCCAAGGUGAACGAGGAGCUGCUGCUGGGCUACGGCUUUGUGCUGGACGGCAACAAGCAGGAGAACGUGCUGCUCUUCCGCACGCUGCUCGAUGCAGUGAACCUGGUCGCCCUCGUCCUGCACCGUGACGCCGCCCGCCCCGGCGAGUGGGUGGCGGGCCCGGGCGGCUUGGGUGGGGCGGCUGGAAAGGGCGGCAAGGCAGGGGAGGUUGGGGAUGUGAGUGAGUGUCACGAGGAGAGUGAGGGAGAGGAAGAGGAGAAGGGGAAGAAACGGACAUGUGCAGCGAAGUACGGGGAUGAGGCUGUGGAAGGUGGUGGUGCGGCUGUGAGUGCAGAGGCGGGCAGCAAAGGGGAUAGGGAGCUGAAGCAGGGCUUGGCACGCAUCUGGGGAGAAGGGCUGGGUGACUGGCUGGUCAACGAGGCCAAGGCAGUAGAAGCAAUUGCCAGGGAGCGUGCAGAGGCAGAGAAGCAGUUCGUGCACGUGGGGGCCAUGCCUCAGUACUUGGCUCGGCAGGAGAUCAGGAGGGAGAGCGAGGCAGACGAGGUGGAUGGCGGAGUGGAGGUGCUGACAGGGAAAUACAAGGACCCCAGUUUUGGCGUGUCGGUGUGGAGAGGAGGGAUCGUGGAGCCCAACCUGCUAGCUGUGUUCGCUGCUGUGUGGUACUACCUCAAGCACCAGUCAGGGGAGGAGGGGAUGGGGGGAGGACGAGGGAUGAGAGAGGCGAGCAACGGGGUGUGUGUGUGGUUAGGAGUAGCGGCAGGGGGUAUGGAGGGAGAGAGCGAGGCGGACGAGGUGAAUGGCGGAGUGGAGGUGCUGACAGGGAAAUACAAGGACCCGAGUUUCGCCGUGUCUGUGUGGAGAGGUGGGAUCGUGGAGCCGAACCUGAUGGCAGUGUUUUCUGCUGUGUGGUACUAUCUCAUGCACCAGUCAGGUGAGAGCUGCCGGGUGAGCUUUGAACGAGCCCCCAUCGGACAUGGCCAAGUCAGUGCUGUACCUGGGCUGGGGGGUGAGCAACAGUGGAAGCCCCCAUCGGACAUGGCCAAGUCAGUGCUGUACCUGGGCUGGGGGCCCCCAUCGGACAUGGCCAAGUCAGUGCUGUACCUGGGCUGGGGGGUGAGCAACAGCGGCUGUAAGGACGUGGCCUCCCCCUUCUCCAAUGUGCUGCCCGCCCUGCAAGCAGCGGCCGACACCGUUCGUCUGCUAGCGCAGGCGCGGCUGCAGCAGAUGCCGACCAGCAUAGAAGAGGACGAAGCGAUCCUGAGGGAGCUGGAGCGGUGCAAGAGCGGCGGGAAGGCGGGGGAGAGGGAGAAGGAGGGGGUGAAGGGUGGGAAAUUGGGCAGGGAAGGAAAGAAGAAGGCGGCGCAGAGCAAGCAGCAGCACAAGGAGAAGUUGACAAGCGUGGAGGAGGAAGUUUCUGCGAAGCGUCUUAGCCGGCGCCAGCGCCGGCGUGCUGUUAGCGAGGGGAGGAUCAGCGACGACUACAGUGAUGAUGACAACAGCGAGAGUGACAACAACGAGGAGGAGGAGGGGACGGAUGCUGAUUUCAAGAGCAGGAGCGAGGAAGAGGAGGCGAUGGACUGCGACGCGUGGGAGAGAGAGCAGGCCAGCGGGGAGAGCGAGGAGGAAGGCAGCGGGUCGGAGAAUGGGAACAUCGGCGGCGGUAGUAACGGGGGUGCGAAGAGGAUGACUGUGAUGGGGGUGCGGUGUGGGUGUGAGGAGCUUAGGGCUGAGGCGGAUGAGCGGAUGGUGGCGGUGCGAUUCCGGAAGGCCAAGAAGGCGGUGCUGAAAGAGGUGGUGGACCGGCUAAGAAAGGCGUGCCCUGCCUCCCCCACUGCUUUCCUCUGA